AAACAUUCCAUCACCGCUCGUUUCGUCGCUUCCAAUUAGCACUGCGAAGGAUUUUUCGCGUGGCUUAUUCGAUUUGCUUGCUUAAAAAGUGAGUGUCAAGUUGUUAAAUUACUUCCUGAACAAUGGGUAAGAGACGUUCCAGCAAUAAGCAGAAUCCGUUCGCCCGGAAGAAGCGCGAAUUGAAGGAAAAGGAAUCGGAACCGGCAAGACGUGAGAAACCGUACGAGGAUAUUGUCCGUCAGAAUGAAUCGUUUGAGGCAUACUACAAACAUCAAAACAUCUGCAAACCGGAAGAAUGGGACGAUUUCAUGGGGAAGCUGCGAUCGAAUUUGCCGACGACGUUCAGAAUCACCGGUUCCAAGAGCCAAGCUCACGCACUGCUGAAGAUUAUCAAGGAUAAAUUUUUCGCCGAAUACCACCGCGCGGUAGCCAAGUUCAGAGAGAGUGGUGAGGAGGUACCAGAACCGAACUGUUUGGGAUGGUAUCCAAAUGAGUUUGCCUGGCAGUUGGAUCUCUCGCGUAAGGAUAUUCGUCGGUCGGAAGCAUUGUACAAGUUACACAAUUUUCUCAUUGCGGAAACGAGCUCAGGGAACAUCAGCAGACAGGAAGCUGUUUCGAUGAUACCACCGUUGGUUCUGGGAGUCGAACCCCACCAUAAGGUGUUGGAUAUGUGUGCCGCACCGGGAUCUAAAACGGCUCAGCUGAUCGAGGCUUUGCAUGCCGGAGGGGAUAAUCUUCCCACCGGGUUCAUCAUGGCCAAUGAUAUCGAUAACAAUCGGUGCUACAUGUUGGUACAUCAAGCAAAACGGCUAAGUUCGCCUUGCUGCCUGGUGACCAAUGCCGACAGUUCCAAUUUCCCCAAUCUUAAGCUCAAAAACAGCGCUGGAGUGUUGGAAACCCUCAAGUAUGACCGCAUCCUGUGUGAUGUUCCUUGCUCUGGAGACGGAACACUGCGUAAGAAUCCGGACAUUUGGGGAAAGUUUAACCUCGCCCACGCUUGCAACCUACACGGAUUGCAAUAUCGUAUCGUGAAACGAGGCGCUGAACUGUUGGAAGUUGGAGGAAAGCUCGUUUAUUCCACAUGCUCCCUGAAUCCGAUCGAGAAUGAAGCUGUCCUACAUUAUCUGCUGUCACAAGCGGGAGACGCCUUGGAAAUCGUCGAAGCGAGUCAUCUGCUUCCAUCGUUAAAGCACAGCCCCGGCCUAACCUAUUGGGAACCGGCUACGAAGGAUAUGAAGUUUUACAAAACGAUCGAUGAAGUACCUGAUAUGUACCGCACAGUAAUCCGUCAGCAAAUGUUCCCUCCGGCAGCGGAAGAUGCGGCCAAGUACAAUCUGGAACGGUGCAUUCGCGUUCUACCUCACCAACAGAACACUGGAGGAUUUUUCAUCGCUUUGCUGGAGAAGAAGAAACCGCUGCCAUGGGAAUCGGACGCCGCAGAAGCCCCCAAGGAAACGGCCACGAAGAAGGAAGACAGCGAACCACCGCGUAAAAGAGCCAAAUACCGGGGCUUCAAGGAGGAUCCGUUUGUAUUCUUCGAUGGGACGGAGGAAAUUUUCGCCUCCAUCAAGGAAUUCUAUCAGCUUAAUGAUGAUUUCGAACCGAAAAAUCUGCUCACCCGUUGCAAGGAGGGCAAAAAGAAGAACAUCUACUUCAGUUCGGAAAUCCUUCGCAAUGUGAUUACCGAUAACGAGAAUCAAAUCAAAUUCAUCAACCUGGGAGUAAAGUCCUUUGCCCGGUGCGACAAUCGCAACAUGAAGUGCGAUUUCCGACUGGCCCAAGAAGGGCUGCCCAGUGUAAACGGCUUCAUCGGUCAGGAUCGACGACUGCCCAUCGGAAAGGAAGAUCUGGUCAAGUUGCUUUCGAACAACGAUCCAACGCGGCCGCCGGAGAUCAUUACGCUGACGAAGGAGAUCCAGACCAAUGUCGAAAAACUUGGCCCGGGCAGUUGCGUGCUGCAGUACCGGGAUGACGAUCUGGAGCUGAACCUCGUCGGAUGGCGGGGAACGAAGAGCCUGAGGGCCUACGUCGAUCAGCACGACACGGUUCACAUGCUCCGAUUGCUGGGCGCUGAUGUGUCUAAAUACGAAAAGAACAAGUUUGAGGACAAAAAAGAGGCGGAAUCGGAAAAGGCAGCAGAUGAUGACGAAGCAAACUAUGAUGUUAAAGAAGAAAAGAUGGAAGAAGAGGAUGAAGCAGUAACAUGUGCGGAAGAAGUGAAAACGGAAAAUGGAGACGUUGUGAAGAAGGAAGAGAAGGAUUCGAGUUGAAUGACCGGUGCCCAGUGUUCGAAAAUACUCACAUCUCAUGUAUGAGUUUAUUCGUUUGGGAGUUUUGCCUUUGAUUCAAAUAUGUAUUGCUUUAUAUUUUAAAUCACUCCAGUCUUUGCAAUGUUGAGUCGAAUUCGACUCAAUCUUAAGUUACUCUCAUCGACCGUGUGUUACACAGUAGUAAGUGCGUGAAAUGGCAUGACACUCAAGGGUCAAUUUGAUUUUGUAGAUUCACCAGCGAGUUUAUUCUUUCAGGAGAGCUCAAUGAAUGAGAUUUGAGGAUGAUUUUCCGAACAUUGCCGGUGCCUAAAGGUUUGUUAGAUUGGUGCAGCAACUUCAUGUGUAUGUAACAUUUUAGUUCAAUAAACGAAACCUUCC